CCUGCACACACACACAAACUCACAUGUACAAAGGCCAAAGUUCAACACAGGGUACCCCAUUAGGAUAUAUACCGGCAGGGAGACGGAUGCUCAGUCUCAGAGGAUCAACGUAUCACAACACUGCAGCUGCAAAGACUUCAUCCACAAACCAUGAAGCUCAUCAGCUUUGGUCCAGACCCAUCUCUGGCAUAUCGGCCGAACCUGGAGAAGAAUGAAGCCAAAGAGAAGGAGGACUACAGAAACUUUGAGAGUGGAAGUCUAGUUGACCGUGUGUUCAACACGUACAAACUGAUGCACACCAACCAGACGCUGGACUUUGUGAAGCAAAAGCAUUCUGAAUGGACCAGUUGCAACCACACUCAGAUGGGGAUGAUGGACGCUAUCAUGUCUCUAGAUCAGCUGGUGGAUGAGUCUGAUCCUGAUGUGGACUUCCCCAAUUCGUUCCAUGCCUUCCAGACUGCUGAGGGCAUCCGUAAAGAGCACCCAGACAAAGACUGGUUCCAGUUGGUGGGUCUGAUCCAUGAUGUUGGGAAAAUCAUGGCUCUUUGGGAUGAACCCCAGUGGGCUGUAGUGGGGGACACCUUCCCUGUGGGCUGCAAGUUUCAAAACUCCAUUGUGUUCAGGGACAAAACCUUCCUGGAAAACCCAGAUGACAAAAACCCGAGCUACAAUACUGAACAUGGGAUCUAUAAACCAAACUGUGGGCUCGACAAUGUCCUCAUGUCCUGGGGCCAUGACGAGUAUCUCUACAGAGUUCUGAAGUUCAACGACUGCUCCAUCCCAGAGGAAGGGUUGUGCAUGAUCCGCUUCCAUUCCUUUUACCCCUGGCACUCCCAUGGAGACUACAUGCACCUGUGCAAUGACAAAGACCUGAAUAUGCUGCCCUGGGUCCGAGAGUUCAACAAAUUUGACCUGUACACAAAGACCCCCGAUCUGCCCGACGUUGAAAAGCUGAAGCCGUACUACCAGUCUCUGAUCGACAAGUACUGUCCUGGAAUACUGAAGUGGUGAAUCAGACAACAUGCCACACAGCAAUGAAAUGUUAUCAAGGAAUAACCUGAUAGAGUUGAUCACAUAUAUAAUACUAUAACUGCACUUAGUACCUUCUGUACGCAUA